CCAUUUGCAGUAAAAUAUCCUCCAUUAAAAACGGGAAGGUAUUUGGCGAAGAUAGAUUGCAUAUAGAAGGAGAUAAAAUAAGUUUUACUUGUAAUCCGAACUACCUGCUUGACGGAGAGGAAGUGAUCAGAUGUACAAGUACUGGGCAAUGGAAUGCCUCGGAGCCAGUAUGUAAACUUCAAGGUAACCGAUUUGCCUGUAUCAGUAUAAAAAUUGUAUGAAUGUAUAAUAUAAUACAUGUUUUGCUUUGAAGAAAACAUUACUUAUAUUGCAAGGCUAAUUCGUUCUGUAAAAAUGGUUCUUCUAUUAUUGGUGACUACUGUUUUUAGAGCGGGAAGAGAACGUCGAUGAAUAAUUUUUGAUGGACUAUAUUACUAUCAAACAAUAGGACUUUAGGUCCUCCUUAAAGCCCAAAGGCCUUUAUAGGCCUUGUGUAUUUCGAAGACACAAUUUCUCGCGAAGAAUUUCGCCAUUGUGGGAUCAGGAUUAGCGCUAAUCCUCGGCUAAAAUUUAACUUUUUGUUUUAGUUUCUGUAUUUCUGGACCUACGUUUAUUUUAAAAUCUCUCAGAGAAGAAAACUCUUAUUGAUCCGGACAAGAUUCACGAAGAAAUAUUUCCAAAUUUAUAAACAAACUGUUGGGAAGUUCGCUUUGAGCACAAAGUAUACAUUUGGCAUUUGGUCCCACUUUAUAGAUCUUCUUUAAGCCUGAAAAUCGUUACUUGAUGGUUGAACAGAGCAUAGAGCUAACUCGCUAUAACCAAUCACGAACGUCUAAUCAACUAAAUCACCCUCCUUGCGAAAAAUAUGUAAACCGCUGUACAUUGGAAAUUCAACGCAAUGAUUCUUCUUCUUUUCAGUUCAAAUUCAAUGAUUCUUCUUCUUUUCAGUUCAAAUUCCGUUAAACCACAAUUUCAACAACGCCUACCACAAUGCAGGCCACAGCACAUUCUCGUUUCACAGACAAAUGCCUGCAUAAAAAGCUUUGUGAUAUGGACAUAAUGUAUAUAAAACAUACUGAAAAUAUCCGAAAAGCAAAGUCUGUGAAUUCAGACUCGUCCAAUAUGAGAGAUAGCCGAUCCGGCGCUGUAUACGCGCCUCAUCGGCUAUCAGCUCAUACUCGACUCGAGUUCGUAGAAUAACUGUUAAAUAAUCAGGCUUAUAUGUGAAUAAAUAAAUUUUUUUCAGAAAUUUUGAAAAAUACCAUGCAUUGGAUCGCGCUCUCCGGCAGUCGUAUAACAGACCACUUUUUUAUAUAGCUACUGCCCUAUUAAAAUUGUAAUGAUAUUCUGAGUAAGGAUAUACUUUAUUAUAGAGCGACAAUGUAAUAUGCCGCUGAUUUUGUUUAUUUUCCAGUUCAUACUCCGUCAACUACAAUUUCAACAACGUCCACCACAGCCCAGGCCACAACACAAGGUAAACUUACUAUAUUUUGUAAUUAUAACUUUUGUAAUUAUAUUAAAUAUUAAGGCAUGCUAUCAAAUAAUUAAUGUAAAUUUGCACGUAUGGUAAAAUGGCAUUACCGAUCACGUUUCACAUGAGAUAAAACAGCCAUUUCGUUUUUCACAUGCAAGUAAAAGAUUAGUCCAUUUCACAAAAAUUAUAAAUAUCCUUUUGAGUGUACUACGUUUUCUCUUCUAAAUUUUGUAUUUAAGUCUUUCGAACUCUUUGCCCUAUUUUUAUAGUUUCAAAGCUGAUUUUACCAAGAAAAUUUUAGCGAUAUUUUAACACACAUGCAGCAAACCGAUGUAUCUUUUAAAAAAUCAAGAACACAUACAGUAAAAAUUUUGUAUCUUAACUUAAUUCUCACUACUUGUUCAAUCUUUCUUCUAUUGGCCUCAAAUUAUGCGGUGGAAAGCGCUCUUCUUACAACAGACCACUUCUUCUAUACAAAAAUAUCGCCUUUUUAAAUUUUAAGGAUAUUCUGAGUAAGGAUGUACUUUAUUAGAGCGACUAUAUAAUAUGCCGUCGAUUUAUUUGUAUUUUUCAGUUCAAAUUCCAUCAACUACAAUUUCUACAACUUCUGCCACAACCGAGACAACAACACAAG